AUGGAAAGUCCCACUGUAUAUCCGAAAGGAAUUCCUUUGCUCACGAACUCUCCUUUAGUGACAGAUCCACAUAGAGCGACAGUGCACCCCAAUCCUUCCACUGAUCCCGCUGUAGAUCCGGGAGGUGAUAGUUUACUCAAUGUGCUGAUAAACGCAGAUAUUUCCUCGUCAUCCUUGAAGACUACGAGCAAUUUAGCUUCGGUCACCAGUCCUAAUGCACUGUGGCCCCUCCGAACUCCCACUGUUCACCUGAAAGUUGUCAACUCUUAA